UUUUUUUAUUUCGGUUUCUUUUCUCGAGGCGCGCUUAAACCCGAGUUGUGCAAAACUCUAAUUCCCAUUUGUUUACUUUUACACGUUAACUCAUCCUCACCUUCGUCAGCUAAAGCAGCAGCGAUGGCCUCGAAACGAGCAUUGAGAUCUGCGGGCGCUGCAGCAACAGAAGCAGCUCCAAAGAGAGUCAAGAAAGCACCGGCAGCAUCUCCAGAGCCACAAGAACCCUCGACAGCGUCCCACUGGCUGUUCAAAGCCGAGCCAGAGUCAAGACUCGUCGGCGGGGUCGAUGUCAAGUUCAGCUUUGAUGAUUUAAAGAAAGAGCAUCAGGCUUCAUGGGAUGGCGUGCGGAACUUUGAAGCUCGGAAUACUAUGAAGAAGAUGAACGUCGGUGACCUGGGAUUCUUUUAUCAUUCCAAUUGCAAGACGCCAGGGAUAGUUGGAAUUCUAAAAGUCUGCAAGACAGCCUAUCCCGAUCACACCGCGUUCGACAAAAAACACCCCUACUACGAUCCAAAAUCAGACCCCGACAACCCAAAAUGGUUCAUGGUCGAUGUCGAAUACGUCCGUCCACUGAAACGGCUAAUCAGUCUACAGGAACUCAAAGACCACCUUGCAAAGCACGGCUCAAAGUCCCCGCUGAACGAGAUGGCGCUCCUUCGUCGGUCGCGGCUGUCGGUGACCCCGGUUCGCGAGAGUGAGUGGGACUUUAUACUAAAAUUGGCCGAGGAGAACGAGGAAGAGAAAGAGGAUUGAAAAGAUAUAUUACGCUAUCAUGCUACUAUUACUUCUCGCCUGAAACAAUGUACUUGCCGCCGGUUCUCU